AUGGAAAAUGGAGGUGAGAGAUUCAACUGGGGUAAAUCUUUGCCAGUUCCAAGCAUCCAGGAGAUUGUGAAGAGUGAUUUACACUCGGUUCCCGAGAGAUAUGUUCAUGAAAAUAUGGAUAGGCCAGUCAUUUCUGAGAAUUUGGCUGAUUCACUUGAAAUUCCUUUCAUAGAUUUCUCUUCUCUAGCCAAAGGUGAUGAAGAUGAAAUCAAGAAGCUGCACCUUGCUUGCAAGGACUGGGGCUUUUUCCAGUUGAUAAAUCAUGGGGUGAAAGAGGAGCUCCUGGAGAAGAUGAAAGCAGCUGCGUCAGCUUUCUAUGAACUUCCACUUGACGAGAAAAACAAGUACGCAAAAUCAGAAAAUGAAAUCCAAGGAUAUGGCCAAAACUUUGUAGUAUCUGAGAAUCAAAAGCUUGAUUGGUCCGACAUGAUUUAUUUAAUCACUGUUCCAUCCGAAAACAGGAAAUACAAGUUCUGGCCCCUCACUUUACCAGGUUUCAAGGAAACAUUGGAAGAAUACUCGAGAGAAAUGCAAAAGGUAGCAGAGGAAAUCCAAGCAAACUUUUCAGUUUUGAUGGGGUUAGAAAGGGAUGGGUUGAAAAGAUUACAAGGGGAGCUUAAACAAGGCAUAAGAAUGAAUUAUUACCCAAUUUGUGCGAGGCCUGACAUUGUUCUUGGGAUUAGCCCUCACUCUGAUGGCACAAGUUUCACUUUGUUGUUGCAAGAUGAUCAAGUUACUGGCCUCCAAAUCAAGCACAAAGAUGCAUGGAUCCCUGUUAAACCUGUCCCAAAUUCGCUUGUCGUCAACGUUGGCGACGCCACUGAGAUUCAAAGCAAUGGAAUGUACAAAAGCAUUGAACAUAGAGGCGUGACAAAUGAGAAGAAACCAAGAAUAUCAAUUGCAACAUUCAUGUUUCCAGAUGAUGAACAAGAAAUUGGUCCACUUGAGACAAUGAUAGAUGACCAAAAUCAUCCCAAACUGUAUAGAAAUAUCAAGUAUGUUGAUUUUGUUAGGGAAAAAUUUUCCAGGAAAAUGCAAGGAAAAUCUCACACUGAAUUUGUCAAGCUAUACAAGUAG